AUGGUGUUUCUUCCCUUAGAAGGACCCUCCCGCAGCAGGUCCCCAUCCCACCUCCCCGAUCCCUUUCCCUUCCCGGUGCACAGGGCAACCCUCCCCUGCCCUGUGCACCGGGUCCCAUGGGUACCCUGUAUCCCCUCAGCUGCCCUGGGAGAGCCCCAGCUCUGCUAUAUCCUGGACGCCAUCCUGUUUUUGUAUGGUAUUGUCCUUACCCUGCUCUACUGUCGACUCAAGAUCCAGGUCCGAAAGGCAGCUAUAGCCAGCUAUGAGAAAUCAGAUGCUGUUUACACGGGCCUGAGCACCCGGAACCAAGAGACAUACGAGACUCUGAAGCACGAGAAACCACCCCAGUAGCUUUAGAACUCACGUCCUUGGUUGCAUUCUUUUUCUGCUUCUAGUUCUCUCCUGGCCCUCGUGGUUGAUGUUACUAUGCUACCUCCAUGCUUUUGAUGCUAGCUGACCUUACUCCCAUAAUGACGCUGGACUCUAAACUAAUGUACACUGGCAGUUCCUCCUCUCCAUUAAAGACUUACUCACAGAUGUUUAUUUUCUUACAUAUUCCUGUGCUUCAUUCCUCUUGCUUUCUCUGAUCCCCAACUUUUGUUACACCCUGGGAAGGGAUUACCUUCUAAUAAAGCUGCCAUAGA